GGGGGGGAGGCCCGGGCCGCACUGCGGCGGGGCCGCCGCGGCGCCACUUUGGGGGCAAUGGCCAGGCGCACGGUCCUGUGGUUGACCGGUGUCGCGUGCAUCUGCCUCGUAGCCGUGAUAUGGACGCUGGCGACGGUGUUGAAGCAGGUCGUGUUCAGCGACCUCCACUACGACGAGCCGCUGGUGCUCACCUGGGUGUGCAACGGGUGCUACGUCCUGCAGCUGCCCCUCUUCCUCGCUGGCAGGGCCCUGGGCCUCGUGAAGAGCAUCCCCUGGCGGCGGCGGCAGCACCACGGGCCCGAGGGCGGAGAGGACUUGCUCAACUGCUGGGAGUCCCCGUCGCCCUCCCACGGCGCCCCGUCCGAGGCCCGAGGCGCCGAUGCGGGCGCCUCUGCGGCCGAGGCGGGCACCUCUGUGGCGGAGGCCGUGAUCGCUGGCCUCGCCAUCGCACCGGUGUGGUUCGCCUCCCAGUGGACCUACAGCGCCGGGGUCGCCAGGACGUCCGUAACGUCCUCCACGGUGAUCUCCACAACCAGCGUGGUAUGGACACUGCUGGCUAGCUGGAUGUUCCUGGGCGAGAAGCUCACACCAGUCAAGUUGCUUGGGAUCGCGGCUUGCAUGGCUGGCAACGUGGCGACGCUAUGGGGGAACGACAUCGAGUCUGGGCAGAGGGACCACUUCUCUGGAGACGUACUGUGCCUUGUCGCGGCGAUGUUGUACGCUACCUACACCACGAUGCUGAUGGUCCUCACCACAGAGGACACUUGCAUCAACCUCGUCUUUGGUGCAGUGGGCGUAGCCAUGUUGGUGUUCGCCUCUCCUGUAGUCCUCCUUCUCAGAGGCGACGCAGUGCGCACAAUGAGCUCCGAGAUUUUCGGGCUGCUCAUUUUCAACGGCGUGUUCGAUAACGUCCUCUCCCAGUACGCAUGGGCCAAAGGGGUACAGUGGACGUCGCCCACAAGUGCCACCGUUGGCCUUUCGCUCACGAUUCCCCUGAGCAUGGUAGCGGAUGUCGUCCGUAGGAAACCGCUCACGGUCUGGUCGUUCGUCGCCGCAGCGCUGGUGGUGCUGGGCUUUGUGUUGGUCACGCUGUCAUCGUCGCCUGGUCGCGACGGCGAUGGGGUCAAGGCGCGGCGGCCAGCUGCCGCGAUGCCAGCGGACCAGGCCGACGGUGGUUCGCUGAGCGAGCCGCUCUCCCCGUCCGACGCAAGGAGAUGCAUCCCGAGGGCAACACGGAGACCUUUGCCCAGCCCGCAUUCGGAGUGAGGCCUAGCAUUCGUGAUACCACCGACGCCGGUAAAGCCAACGCGGAGAUUCUCUCACCCUCGUAGGGUGUGCUUCGAUGGGCGCAGUUGCCCUCCUCAUCCUCAUCCUUCUCCUCCUCUCUCAGAGUGUAUGUACUUCCCUCUUUCUCUCGCUUUCUCUCUCUCUCUCUCUCCCUCCCUCCCUCUCCCUCUCUCUCC